AUGUCGUGCAGCGCAGAGGUCGACUUGUCCCAUCAUCUAUCUGCAGAGGCCCGUGCCCGCAAGCCAAAUCCCAUGAAGGAGAUCUGGAAGCUCACGAAGCGGAGAGAAAACAUGAUAUCCUUAGCAAACGGUGACCCACACUCCUCGCUGUAUCCCAUCUCACAGAUUCAGUUCGAGGUCGCCUCUGUCGACCCAGACUGUGAUCCCGUCUCGACUUGGCGCACUGCCGGUCCCUCUGCGCCCUCGCAAGUCCUCACUUCCACCCGCGAGCCCUCGUCGUCAUGCACGCUCCCCGUCCGCACCGCCCUGCAAUAUACCACCGGCGCCGGCCUGCCUGAUGCACAGGCCGCAGUCACCGCGCUCACACGCAUGUACCACCAGCCUCCCACGCACCCCGACACCGGCAACGAAGUUGAGCGGGUCGCGACACUCACGCUUGGAAACGGAGAUGCAGUGACGAAGCUCUUCCGCGUGUUGGGCGAGCCAGGGGACCAUUUCCUCGCGGAUGAGUUCACCUUCAGUUCGUUGGCGGGCGCAUGUGUUCCUCAGGGCGUUCGUUGGGUACCGCUGAGGAUUGAUGACGGCGGAUUAAUUCCAGAAGAUCUGGACAGGACUAUGAGUGAGUGGGAUGAGAGGAGGGGAAGGAAGCCGCACGUGCUGUACAUCGUGCCCUGCGGUCAAAACCCCACCGGCUCGACGCUCACAGUGGAGAGGCGGAAGAGGAUUUACAAGCUCGCCCAGAAGCACGACCUUAUUAUUGUUGAGGAUGACCCUUACUACUUCCUGCAAUACAGCACCUCAGAUUCCUCCGAGCCUACUCUCGUGCCUUCCUUCCUCUCUUUCGACGUCGACGGGCGCGUGAUGCGCGUCGAUUCCUUCUCCAAGAUCCUCGCGCCGGGCAUGCGCCUUGGAUGGAUCACGUCCUCGCCCUUCUUCCACCGACACCUGGUCAUCCUCACCGACUCGAGCACACAGCACCCGCACGCGUUCGGCCAGAUGUUCAUUACGGAGCUGCUCGGCCCGCACGGGUGGACACUCGACGGGUUCGGGCGCUGGCUGAGCUCGCUCCGCGCGGAGUAUCAGCGCCGGCGCGAUUUCUUCCUAGAGCUAUUCGAGCGGGAGGUCGUGCGCGUUGCACCGGGGCUCGCGACGCCCGGGCGGCCGCAAGCGGGCAUGUUCGUCUGGACGCGCAUCAAUCUCGAGCGUCAUCCGCGCUAUCGAGUAUCGGGGACGAGCAAGCGCGGCGUGCCGAGGACGAACUGCAAAGAGCUGAUGGAGGAGCUGUUCGAGCGCUGUCUUGAUGGCGGGCUCGUGGUCAUGCCCGCGUCGGUGUUCGCGCUGCCCUGCGACCCGCAGGUGAACCACCUCGAGGACCCGAUCGAGGACCGCAUGAACUACUUCCGGCUGACGUUUGCGGGAACCGAGGAGGCGAUGCAGCAGGGAUUGGAGAUUUUGGGGCGGACGCUGAAGGAGUUUUUCGCGGACGAGCCUGCUAAGGCUUAG